CAAAGAAAAUGUAUUCAAUUCAAGUGGACAAAACGUUUCAGCAAAUUAUAAAGCUAUUUUACCUGAGUGGAUUAUGGCAAAGUGACGAAGAAUUCAAAUACCGCAGAAUAAGCAAGAGAUUAUUUUACACUUUUUUCGGUGCUUUGUUCCCAAUGUUUUUUUCAUCUAAUUUUUUUCUCUGUGACGAUCGAAAUGAAUCCAUUUUUUCAGUGCAGGCAGUCGUUAUAGUUUCGGUAGCUUACGUGAAAUUUUUGUACCUUCUGUUCAAGAAACCAGAGAUCCUCGUAUUUUUAUUCGAUCAGACCGUUGUUCACUCAAUUAAAAAUCGUGAAGAAUAUGAGCGAAUGAACAGAAAAAUAGAAAAUUUCAUGCGAUUUAUACGUCUGUACUGUUGGGCUUUCUUCAUCACUGCUCCUUUACUCAUAGUAAUGCCAAUAUUCUCCGACGACAAAGAAUUGCCUAUUUCCAUCAGUUUAUCGUGGAACGAUUCAGAAAUUGUUUAUUGGUUGGCCUAUUCGUUCAUGUCAUUGUCAACUGUCUUGUACAUCACAGCUAACCUAAUUACGCCGCUCAUUUGGUACAUAAUGCUGAAUUACUGCAUUGAAUACGAGUUGUUGGGAAAUAAAUUGGGGAAAUUGGGAGUAGGAAAGAAGAUUGUUGAGACAGUCACGAAACAUAAAAACUUGAGAAUGUCACAACGAAGUAUGUUCGUUGAAGAUUUGAUUGUUUUGAUAAGAUCCCAUCGCAACUUAACAGAAACAGUUGAGCGAUUCCGAUCUUGUUUCUCGACAUUAUUUUUGGGUCAAAUCACCACCAGCAGUAUCUGUAUUUGUGCUUCAGUUUACAGCUUGGCCUUUGCGUCGAAGGAAAAUAUUGUUCAGACAGAAAUGUUUGUCAUUAUCCUGCUCUAUGGAAUUUUUGAUAUUUUUCUGGUUAUGUACUUGGCAAACGACAUAACCAUUGCGAGUGGAUGACUAUCUUUCUGCUUAUUUGAGUCAAAUUGGAUGGAGCGGACAGAAUCUUGUGGACAAUAUGUUCUUAUCCUUGGUGAAGUGUUGAAUCAACCACAACAAUUGGUGGUCUUGAUAUAUCCAAUGAACUUGGAAACUUUUGUGAGGAUAAUCAAUGGUGCAUACAGCAUGUUCAACAUCCUAAAAAACUUUCAAUGA